GAGACCUCUAGCGGUGAGUUCAGACGACCGGUUUCAUCGGGUCGAUACACGGCGCCAAGUGACAGCUGCUGCAGACGACCCUCUCUUGCUGCCAGACAGUCGUGUGUUGGACGCUGAGCUGCGAGGGUGUGUGCACGCCUUCUCUACAGGGGCUGUGGGUGCACGGUGAUAUAUUGGAGCGAGUUAUUUUUUCGUUUUGGAUUUGAAGUGCGGGGAUGACUGGGAUUUGGAGAGGUGGUGAUCUCUGAUUGCGAGGGCACAUUUUCGCGCCCGUCCUUUCGUCUCCCUUUUGCGGUUAUUAUGCCUCGCUUUGUCUUUGUUUACAACUUUGAUGAUACGAGUAAUUUGCUCAGACUGAAGUGCCCGGAAGCGUAGCAGGAAGGAAUAGAUUUUUUAAAUGAUAAAGCGAUCGAGUUUCAAAAGUACAAAAAGAAAUAUUUGAAAAAAAAAAAUCUCUCUCCCCAACCCUUUCAUCUGACUUCAAGAAAUUACAAACAACAACAUGGCCAGCGCUGCAGGAACCCAGUCAAUGCAGCAACAGCAGCAACAACAACAGCAGCAGCAGCAUUUACAACAACACAUGCAACAGCAGCACCUACAGCAGCAUAUGCAACAACAGCAGCAGCAGCAGCAACAGCAGCAGUCACAGCAGCAGCACCAACAUAAGCGUCAGCCUUCAUGCAAGACCAAAAGCGGGUCUGCUGACUAUGCCAAUGUCAGGACCCUAGAAUCAUCACAGACCCAGAUCUUGGAGAGGAUGGUCGGAGAUCGUGUGUGCGUCACCAGGCCCGAGGAGGACCGCAGGAGAAGAACAAUCAUCGUCGAGAAGGAGAAUGGCUCAUUCGGGUUCACGAUACAG